AUGGACGAGCACGGUUCAUCCGAAACAAGGGUCGAUAGCAAACCUCCAGUGUGUAUCAUUGUACUUGGAAUGGCUGGCUCAGGAAAAACCACAUUCGUGAAUCGUCUGCUCACAUUUUUGGGCUCCAUUCAGAAGUCAGUUUACGCGAUUAAUCUGGACCCGGCUGUUCACCAUGUGCCUUAUCCCAUCAACAUUGAUAUACGUGAUACCGUGAAAUACAAGGACGUCAUGAAACAAUAUGGUUUCGGACCAAACGGAGCUAUAAUGACUUCCUUGAACUUCUUCGCGUCCCGUUUUCACAAAGUUAUCAGCUUAAUCAAUGAAAAUGCUGCUAAGGUUUCUUAUGUCGUUCUCGAUACACCAGGUCAAAUUGAAGUGUUCACAUGGUCCGCCUCAGGAACCAUAAUUUCUGAAUCUCUCGGCGCAUCUUUUCCAACAUUGGUUAUCUACGUGAUGGAUACCCCACGGAGCCACAAUCCAGUCACCUUUAUGUCGAACAUGCUGUAUGCAUGUAGCGUACUUUACCGCAUGCGACUGCCAUUUAUCGUAGUUUUGAACAAGACGGACAUAAUCGAUUGUAGUUUCGCCAUCGAGUGGAUGCGCGACUUCGAGUCGUUUCAAGAGGCACUCGCUGGACAUCGAUCAGCAGAUUGUGCUGCUGAGCUGGAAGCAGAUGGCAGUAGUGCCUACCCCGGCACGUCACAAUACAUGAUGGGCCUAGUGAACUCAAUGUCACUCGUACUGGACGAAUUUUAUAGUGGACUUCGAUGCUGCGGCGUAUCAUCCAUCACUGGUGAAGGAAUGGAACAACUGCUUCUAGAAGUGGAUCGGGCCACUGUCGAAUACCAUGAGACCUACGCCCAAUGGUUGCGGAAUCGGCGAAAACACGCAGCUAAAAAUGACGGCAAUCCAAAUGGAGAAUUUAUUGGAGACUCGAACGCAUCUGGCUCAGUAGAGACUGGUUCUGCAAAUGUUCCCAGUCUGCUGGGCCAUCGGCGCUUCAAAAACACGAAGCGCAUGCUCAUUGAUCUGGCCGGUGAUUGCGAUGACGUAGAUGAUGAUCCGCUUGCCGAAUUGGAUGGAACGGAACAGCGAGACGAUACGGACAAUGAAGAUGUCGAAGAUGUUAUAGACGAACAAUUCCGGCGACAGUGCAACAUGAUUGCAAAAGCAACAGAACCGUCGCCGAAGGAGUGA